CUGGGCAACCGGGAGGCUGCCGAGAAGUGCGGAAAGAAUUGUCGAUCUAUAGAGUCCGACCCAGGUUCUCGGAAAGGAUGGGGCGGAUCUCUGGGCUGGUGCCCUCUCGUUUUCUAACGUUGCUAGCUCAUCUGGUAAUCGUCAUCACCAUCUUCUGGACGCGGGACAACAACAUCCAGGCCAGUCUGCCUCCCCAUUUCACGUCCGAGGAGUAUGAGAAGGAGGACUCUAAGCUGGUCACUGCUCUCUCCAUUACACUGGGCCUUUUCCUGGUAGAACUAGCAGGUUUCUUUUCAGGCGUGUCCAUGUUCAACAGCACCCAGAGUCUCUUCUCUAUCGGGGUGCACUGUUGCGCAGCGGUGUCUUUGGCCUUCUUCAUCUUCGAGAGUUGGGAGUGCUCCACCUACUGGUGCAUCUUCGCUUUCUGCAGUGUCCUCCCAGCUUGCACUGAAGUAAUGAUGUUCAUCGCUGUCUUCGUGUUAAAGAAAAAAUCUUUCUGACCGUCUUUCCACAAACGUGGAGCGGAAGACGGAGAAGGCUUUGCAGUCGGCUUUCAGUGCUUGGGGGGAAAAAUGGGAAGACUGUACCCUCGAUGGAGUUUAGGGGACUAUUGGCAGUGUUCUUAUCCCUCCGAGUUUUGGCACAAUGACAUUGUAUAUAGUACUUUAUAAUAAAAUCCAACUUUUGUACCAUGA